CCGAUCGAGGCGCUGUUGACAGCGUCGGCGACAUGCGUAGCACAGCAGGACGGACUUAGCCGGUGUGGAACCAACCUAUUCUGCAACAACGUUAAGGGCAUUUGCAAAGUAUUCGACGGCCUUUUUUUUCUUCUUUUUUUAACAGCGGGCCAGUGAGCACAGUCAGGCAUGGCAUCCAAUGUUACCCUGGAGAAUCAGCUGCACAGUGCCCAGAAAAACCUGCUGUUCCUCCAGCAGGACCAUGCCAGCACACUGAAGGGGCUACAUGCAGAGAUCCGUAGAUUACAACAGCACUGCACAGACCUGACAUAUGAGCUGACCGUGAGAAGCUCUGAUCCCUCAGACAGCAGUGAGGCCCGCUGCCGGGAGCUGCAAAGGAGGUGUGAGGAGUUGGAGGCCCAGCUGAAGAAGAAAGAGGAGGAGAACACAGAGCUCCUGAGGGACCUGGAGCAGAAGAAUGCAAUGAUCUCUGUCCUGGAAAACACAAUCAAAGAAAGGGAGAAGAAGUACCUGGAGGAGCUCAAGAUGAAGAGCCACAAGCUGGCUGUUCUGUCUGGGGAGCUGGAGCAGAGAGCAAGCACUAUUGCUUACCUCACCUCACAGCUCCAUGCCACAAAGAAGAAGCUUUUGGGAGGCAGCUCCUCUGAGGCCAGCCCCAACGUCAGCCCCGUCACCUCCUACAUCCCCACGCCACCGCCUGGCAAAGAUAGGCAGCCUGAGACCCCGCGGCGUCGCAUGAAAAAAAGCCUCUCCCAGCCACUCCACCCAGAGUUAACAGAGGUGUACCGGCUCGGUUCAGAUGGAAGGCGAAUGGUUCUUCGGGAGACAGUAGAUGCCAUGCCCGAUCCAACACCCUUUCUGCAGGCAGGCAGAGAGACACCUGAGCCACACGUGAUGCGGGAACGGCCAGCCGUCAUCCCCCCUAUUUCCUCAGAGCGUUCUCCCCUGGGCGCCACGUCCAGCCCUCGUCACAGCCCUGCACGGGACCGGCAGCACAGGGCUCAUGUAGGAGUGGCACACCGCAUCCCCCAUGGCACCCCACCCCUGGCCCCUCCUGAAGCAGAGCUGGAGAUGCUGGCAGUGGACCAGGUCAACGGGGAAAAGGUUGUCAGGAAGCGCACUGGGACUGAUAGAACAGUUUAACACAAACACGCACUCACAUGCGCCUGCACACACACAUACACACGCACACGCACACGCACACACACACACACACACACACACACACACACACACACACACACAUGCACUGCAAGAGCAGAAAGGAGCCUGACCAACUGUGUAGCCUGCUUUUUAUGCAACACUGCAAUUGUUUAUGGUCCUCCAUAAAACCGUUUUUUUUUUUUUUUUUUUAAAUUUAGACGAGGACUACGUUAAAGCAUGCCAAAUAUUUCUAGUUUGAAAUCCAUGUGACUUGCACACUAACACACAUCUACAGGUCUUUUUGCUUCAGCCUUCACCUCACUCUGUCUUACAUGGUGCGUACUAAAUAUCUUAGCCAAAUAUGUACAUCAGUGCCUGCGGAAUUGGUUCAACCAUACACUGAUAAUAAUCGACUCUAGCUCUGUGUAUUCCAUCUUCUCAACAACACGGUUUGGUCAUACCAACAACAUAUAAUCAAAUGUUUGCUGCUAUAUACACAAUAUAUAAUUAAAACAAUUAAACUAAUACUCUCUCAAUGUCUUUCAUCUCUUUAUAUCAUGUUAUUAAUGUUACUGUAGAAAGGAUACACAUAAUGUGCAAUUGUAAUUUGAUAGUUCCCAAGGUGAAAGAGCUGUAAUUUCACCUUGUUUUUUGCUGGCAGACAAAAACAGCAGUGGUAUAUAGUAUGUUUAAAUGCAGUAUAAUACAAUA